AUGCGUCAUUCUCCUUCAAGUAUAGCAGGUGAAGAAGGAGAGGAAGAGGAAGAAAAAAAAGGGAGAAAGAAAGAACUGACAAAUACGCUCCGCACAUAUCCCAACCAACCCGACGCGGCAUGUUUGCCCAUUAGUUUACGUUCUUGUAUAUCAUACGACAACAACAACAAUAACAACAACCGCAAAAUCAUCAGAAAAAAGAAAACAGAAAGAAAAGAAUUGAAACAUGACAAUGUCUAUUCUCAAGAUCGUUUGGAACAAAUUCUAAGUGAAUCAAUUCAAGCGAAAGAAAAAGAGCCUGGUGAUCGAACAGCAAAAGAUUAUCGUCGUAUAAAACGCUUUGAUAUCGUUGAUGUUCAAGGAAAACAACGACUUGUUGCUGCACGAACAGAUAAUGACGAUAAAGAUAUCAGAUUUUUUGUCUCCAUUGAAGAAAUGUAUGAUAUUAUUGAUUAUACGCAUAAGAAAAUGAAUCAUGGAGGCCGAGAUCGCUUAUGGCCGAUUUUAUCGAAGCAAUACGCCAAUAUUCCACGUGAAGUCAUUCAAACUUACUUGAAAAUGUGUGAUUACUGUUGUAAAAGACGUAAACGUAUUAACACAGAUCCAAAUAACGAAAAUGGAAUAACAACUUUACACAAUGAAACUAAUGAUUUGAUGGAUACGAGUUUAACUAAUAUUAUUCAUGAUGUUCCAGCAUUACAUCAACAAACUAACAUAAUCAAACAUGAACAACAACAACAACAGCAACAUCUGAUUCCACAAUCAUCGCCGAUUAUAUUGCAUAAUAGUACCAAUCCUAGUCUACAUCAACAACAACCGGUGGAGAAUAUUUUCGAUGGAGCCAAUUCGCAUGUAAUGAAUCGUCUGUGUGAAUACGAUUUGAUCGAUUUGCAAAAUGCUCAUGAUGGUGAUCACGGUUUCGUUCUUGUCUAUCAAGAUUAUCUAACAAAAUUCACACAAUUACGUCCGUUGAAAAGUAAAUCGUCUAUUGAAUUGGGUACAACGUUAAUGGAUAUCUUCUGUAUAUUUGGUCCACCACUUGUUCUACAAUCCAGUGCUGAUCUUCAUGUCGAAAAUUCGUCUAUUCAACAAACACUCGAAGCUGUCUGGCCCGGUAUUCGUCUAUAUCAAGAUGAUUCACUGCAAUGGCGUGAGACAGCGAAAAUACGUAAUGAACAAAUUCGCUCGAUGAUCGCAGCAUGGAUGUUUGUGAACAAUAAUCCUCGGUGGUCGUAUGGAUUAAAAUUCGUUCAAUUGACGCUAAAUUCCAAUAUUAACAAUGAACUGAAACGUUCACCAUACGAAGCCUUAUUCAAAAUGUUACCAGUUCUUCGACCAGCAACAGUUACACUAUCAUCUUCGACUACCGAUAUAUCAUUACAACAGCAACAACAGCAACAACAGGUACAACAACAACUUCAACAACAACAACAACAGCAUCAUCAUCAUCUUCAUCAUUCCCAAUUACUUCAGCCGACAGCAGCAGUUGUCCCACCAUCAUCACAUUCCCCAUCGGGUAGUGCUAAUGAAGGUGAUUUUGUUACACCAAAUGUUAAUAUACUUCCUUCGACAAUCUCGACAUCAGAUCGGAUUAAAGCCGAAAUGUAA